AUGUCAAGAAAGGCCUGCUUCAAGUUCGAGAAUCAUUGGUUGAAAGUCCAAGGCUUCAGAGAAGUGGUGCAGGCAGCAUGGGAUAAGCCGCAGACGGGAUCAUCGCAUACCAUUUUGAGUAAGAAGUUAGCCGAGACUGCACGAGCUCUACGCGCAUGGAGUAAGCCCCUGUUCAGCAAUGCACGACUACAGCUACAUAUUGCAAAUGAGGUUAUAUUGCGACUGGACAUAGCUCAGGAAGACCGUAGCCUCUCAAGCGAGGAAAUUUCCUUGAGACAGGACAUCAAGAUCAGAAUACUGGGCUUAGCGGCACUAGAGAGAAGCAGAAGAAGGCAGGCAUCUAGAAUCAACUACAUAAAGUCUGGGGAUGCAUGCACUAGAUUUUUCCACUUGAGGAUGUCCGCCAGGAAACGAAGACAAUACAUUCUAUCGCUCAAAAAACAGGAUGGCACCUUGGCCUGGAACCACGAUGACAAACAGAAGGUCCUACAGGAAUAUUUCGAAAACCUGAUGGGGAAGGAACGAAGGCAAAGAACCUUCAACUGGCCAGGCGUUCAACUGAACCCAUUGCAGCAGCUGUCGGGUCUGGAAUUGGACAGACCGUUCACAGAGAGUGAAAUCGAGCAUGCUGUGAAAGGUCUACCAAAUGAGAAGGCCCCUGGCCCCGAUGGCUUCACCAACGAUUUCUACAAGCAAUGUUGGGACAUAAUCAAAAUUGACAUCCUCAUGGCCUUCAAUGCCUUCCAUAUGCAUCACAAUGGGGGUGCCAAUGGCACGUUCGAGAAAAAUAUGCAUCAUAAUGGGGCAUUGGAACACCUAAACCGUGCUGAGGUAGUGCUGCUCCCCAAGAUUGAGGUGGCAACUGAGCCGAAGGACUUCAGACCAAUUAGCCUGAUCCACUCAUUUGCGAAGCUUUUAACGAAGGAGCUUGACAAGCUGCGAAGAAGGUUCCUCUGGGCAGGUGACAAAGAGUUGACUGGGGAAAAUUGCAAGAUAGCGUGGACCAAGGUCUGUAUGCCAACUCCAAACGGUGGUGCAGGUAUCAUCGAACUGGAAAGAUUCAGUAGAGCUUUAAGAUUGCGCUGGCUUUGGUUUUAUUGGGAUGAAAGAGGCAGAUCGUGGAGAGGCUUGGAGCUGCCAGUGGACAAGCAGGAUAUAGCUCUCUUCAAUGCGGCAACUAGUGUGACAAUUGGAAACGGUGAGAAGGCUAUCUUCUGGACCUCCCGCUGGUUUCUAGGAGAGGCGCCUGCAACACUCUUCCCUGCCUUAUUCAAACACAGCAAAAGAAAUAAUAGGUCGGUGAAGGAUGCCAUUACUGACCACAAAUGGGUUCGAGAUGUGGAUCAUAGCAUGACUGUGAACAUAAUAACAGAAUUUGUGGCCUUAUGGGAAAGACUACAGGGCAUUGAGUUGAGACCAUCAGAGGAUGACAGAAUAAUUUGGCGCCACACUGCGGAUGGCCAAUACAUGGCAAAGUCUGCAUAUCAGUUGCAGUUCAUUGGAACGACUAAGUCCAUGACAGCUGAUAUUACAUGGGCAACAAAAGCACCACCGAAAUGCCGCUUCUUCUCUUGGUUGAUGCUCCAGAAUAGAGUUUGGACGGCAACGCGAUUGCAGAUCAGGGGAUGGCCAAAUGAUUACUUCUGCCCGUUAUGUAUUAGAAAUCUUGAAACGAUGUACCACCUGCUCCAAGAGUGUUGCUUCUCAAGAAUAAUUUGGGAAAAGGUUGGCUCAUGGAUCUCGGCACCAGCGUUGAAGCCGGCUAACUGGAGCCAAACGGUGGAUUUCGGUCAGUGGUUCAUUGACAUGGGAAACAGUGGCCAGGGAGCCAAGAGAGAAGGCGUCCGUUCAGUCACCAUGCUGACCGUUUGGGAUAUCCGGAAAGAAAGAAACAAUCGAGUUUUCGGUAGAACUAGCAGGUCACCACAACAACUAUUCUGGGCGAUCCAAGAUGAAGCGAGGAUGUGGAUACGUGCAGGUAACAGUGGCGUAGAGAUUAUAAUCCCGUCGACGGUGCAGCAGCAGGGCAGUGCGACUGCCGGCCAUAUGUUUUAG